AGAUGAGCCUCUGGCCCUGCUGUCGCUUCCUGAGGGCUGUCAGUGGGGGGCCGGAUGAGGGCUGAGGACAGGGUGGGUGCUCGUGGGAGGGGAGAGCACAAAGGACCUGUGACCACAGCUGGGGGCGGGGCAGGAAGUAGAAGUGAUCUGAGUGGUGGCUGGUGCAAGGAGCCACAGUGGGCUGCCUGGGGGGCUGACGCCACCAUUCCAGGAGCCUCGGUGAAGAGAGGACAUCCGCCUGUGUAGCUGCUUCUCCAUACGGGACUCCAGCUCCAUGGCGGCCUGCCUGCUCCUCCUGGGCAUCCUUCUCCUGCUGCUGCCCCUGCCGGUCCCUGCUCCCUGCCACACAGCCACACGCUCAGAGUGCAAGCGCAGCCACAAGUUUGUGCCCGGUGCAUGGCUGGCCGGGGAGGGUGUGGACGUGACCAGCCUCCGCCGCUCGGGCUCCUUCCCAGUAGACACACAAAGGUUCCUGCGGCCCGACGGCACCUGCACCCUCUGUGAAAAUGCCCUACAGGAGGGCACCCUCCAGCGCCUGCCCCUGGCACUCACCAACUGGCGGGCCCAGGGCUCUGGCUGCCAGCGCCAUGUAACCAGGGCCAAAGUCAGCUCCACUGAAGCUGUGGCCCGGGAUGCGGCUCGUAGCAUCCGCAACGACUGGAAGGUGGGGCUGGAUGUGACUCCCCACCCCGCCGGCAACGUGCAUGUGUCUGUGGCCGGCUCACACUCACAGGCAGCCAACUUUGCAGCCCAGAAGACCCACCAGGACCAGUACAGCUUCAGCACUGACACAGUGGAGUGCCGCUUCUACAGUUACCAUGUGGUACACACUCCCCCGCUGCACCCUGACUUCAAGAGGGCCCUCGGGGACCUGCCCCUCCACUUCAACGCCUCCACCCAGCCCGCGUACCUCAGGCUCAUCUCCAACUACGGCACCCACUUCAUCCGGGCUGUGGAGCUGGGCGGCCGCAUCUCGGCCCUCACGGCCCUGCGCACCUGUGAACUGGCCCUGGAAGGGCUCACGGACGACGAGGUGGAUGACUGCCUGAACGUCGAGGCCCAGGUCAACAUAGGCGCCCGCGGCAGCUCCUCUGCCGAAGCCAAAGCCUGUGAGGAGAAGAAGAAGAAGCACAAGAUGACGGCCUCCUUCCACCAAACCUACCGGGAGCGCCAUUCGGAAGUGGUUGGCGGCCAUCACACCUCCAUUAACGACCUGCUGUUCGGGAGCCAGGCCGGGCCCGAGCAGUACUCAGCCUGGGUGAACUCGCUGCUCGGCAGCCCUGGCCUGGUGGACUACAGCCUGGAACCCCUGCAUGUGCUGCUGGACAGCCAGGACCCGCGGCGGGAGGCACUGAGGAGGGCCCUGAGUCAGUACCUGACCGACAGGGCUCGCUGGAGGGACUGCAGCCGGCCGUGCCCACCGGGGCGGCAGAAGAGCCCCCGAGACCCGUGCCAGUGUGUGUGCCAUGGCUCAGCGGUCACCACCCAGGACUGCUGCCCUCGACAGAGGGGCCUGGCCCAGCUGGAGGUGACCUUCAUCCAAGCGUGGGGCCUGUGGGGGGACUGGUUCACUGCCACGGAUGCCUAUGUGAAGGUGUUCUUUGGUGGCCAGGAGCUCAGGACGAACACCCAGUGGAGCAAUAACAACCCCAUCUGGUCAAUGCCGCUGGAUUUUGGGGAUGUGCUCCUGGCCACAGGGGGGCCCCUGAGGUUGCAGGUCUGGGAUCAGGACUCUGGCUGGAACGAUGACCUCCUUGGCACCUGUGAUCAGGCUCCCAAGUCUGGUUCCCAUGAGGCGAGAUGCAACCUGAAACAUGGCCACCUGAAAUUCCGCUAUCACGCCAGGUGCUUGCCCCACCUGGGAGGAGGCACCUGCCUGGACUACGUCCCCCAGAUGCUUCUGGGGGAGCCUCCAGGAAACCGGAGUGGGGCCGUGUGGUGAGAACAGUGAGCUUGGAGAGGACUCGUGUGCUUGGACUGAAGGGGUUCUCACAGUGGGAGCCAGGGCUGUCUUCGUAUUCCCAUUAGACCAAGCUCGUCCAACCCGAGGCCCGCAUGUGGCCCGGGAUGGCUUUGAAUGUGGCCCAACACAAAUUCGCAAACUUUCUUAAAACAUUAUGAGAUUUUUGUUUUGUAGCUCAUCAGCUAUGGUUGGUGUUAGUGUAUUUUAUGUGUGGCCCAACACAAUUCUUCCUUCGAUGUGGCCCAGAGAAGCCAAAAGAUUGGACACCCAUCAGAUAGAUGGAAAAGGGAGACUCAGAUUUUUCAGGGAGGUGGCUGGGUAUACACGACAACCCCAAUUCACCCUGUCCAAACUGCCUAAGCCCUCUGUCGUUCUCGAGCCCUGCAGUCACAGCUACACAAAUCACAGCUUCAGCCAGGAGCUGGGCAGAAAGGCCAAGCUCCCACCAGGCUGCCCAGGACUGGUCUUUUAGGACCCUUCCCUUGAGCCCUCUGUGGUGUGGCAAAGCCACUUCAUUGCUUUAACUGGAGUCCCAUCAGCUCCAGCUGCUCUGUCUUCCUUGCCCACAAUGCUUUGCCCCUGAGACAAAUGGAGGCCUGUCCUGACCUGUCUCACCAUGUACAUAGCUUGAUAAAGGGCCAAUAAAUAUGAUGUUCUGGUGA